AAAUGUAUUUUAAAUAGUCCAAUGAGAGUUGUCGUCUCCUCCUCAUCCAAUCACGAUACAGAGUUAUUCUAUAAAGAGCGGUCAGCACACUCGCUUAGAUUCAUUUGUUUCCUGUUUUCAGCUUUAGGAAAACUCAUUGCACAGAAUGGCAAGGACUAAGCAGACCGCUCGUAAGUCUACCGGUGGUAAAGCUCCUCGCAAACAAUUGGCUACUAAGGCUGCCCGGAAAAGUGCGCCUGCCACUGGGGGAGUGAAAAAGCCCCAUCGUUAUCGCCCUGGCACUGUGGCCCUGCGAGAGAUCCGCCGCUACCAGAAAUCUACUGAGCUGCUCAUUCGCAAGCUGCCCUUCCAGCGCCUGGUGCGUGAAAUCGCCCAGGAUUUCAAGACUGAUUUGCGCUUCCAGAGCUCGGCCGUUAUGGCUCUGCAGGAGGCUAGCGAAGCAUAUCUGGUUGGUCUCUUCGAGGAUACCAACCUGUGUGCUAUUCAUGCCAAGAGAGUCACUAUUAUGCCGAAAGAUAUCCAAUUAGCUCGGCGCAUCCGUGGGGAAAGAGCUUAAAGCCCCCUUUUGCCAUCACCUUAAAACCCAAAGGCUCUUUUCAGAGCCACCACGUUUACACGAAAAAGAGCCGCAUUUCUUUUAACUGGUUGGGAAAGGUACAUAGUAUCUGUCAUCGUUGA